GACAUCUGAUGGUAUUAUAGCGCCCUCUUGCGUUAAUAAAUUAUUACUAAUUAAUUUGACGUUUGUGCUAUUUAUUUCAUUGGGAAAUAAAUAGGGAAUCAUAUAGUUAAAUUUUCUAAACAAAUUAAUGGCUUACAAUUUUAAGGAAAUGAGUUGGACAGAUGUUCGUGACCAAUUUCGUAAAUGGCGUGAGGAUAAUGAGCGUCGCAGUGAUGAAGUAAUACAACUGUGGGAAGCAGUAUUGGAAAACCGUGUGCAAAAAACUGGCAAUGAGCGACAUCUUAUAUUGGAGCAAGUAAUCAUUGCCGCUUUUGACACUUCUCGGUUAGAUAUAGCGGAGAAAUGCAUUGAAACGCUUAGCAUAGAAUUUCCGGAAAGCAUGAGGGUGAUGAAGUUUGAGGCUAUGCGCUUAGAAGCUUUACAAAUGUACGACGAAGCAACUGAUUUGUUAGAUGAAAUUAUUGCGAAGGAUGAAACAAACGCCGCUCCCCGUAAACGAAAAAUUGCUAUUUUAAAAGCGAAGGGGAUGAGAUCUGAAGCUAUUAAAGAUUUAAGUGAAUAUUUAAAAACGUUUAUGUCUGAUCAGGAAGCAUGGCAUGAGUUAUGUGGACUAUAUUUGGCGGAAGGGGACUACUCUAAGGCGGUUUUUUGUAUGGAGGAGCUGUUACUACAUAAUCCACACAGUCAUCUAAUACAUCAGCGAAUCGCAGAAAUCCGAUAUACAAUGAGUGGAAUGGAUAAUGUGGAAAUCGCUCGCACAUACUAUUCCCAAGCACUGAAAUUGAAUCCAAAUAAUUUGCGGGCACUAUAUGGUUUAUAUUUGUGUUGCAGUUACAUUACCAAUUCCCGCGCCUUGGGUUCGAAACGCAAAGAGGCUCUAAAAAUGGCACAAUGGGCGUUUGAGAGUGCAGCCAUUCGAACAACCAAAUCAUCGAAAAUCAAUGGCAACGAUAAAUUAGUUUCAAGCCUAGAAUGCGCAUUGAGUAGCUUAGAUAUUAAAUCUAAUUGACAUUAUAAUAAAUUAUUGUUAUAAAAUGUAUAAUUUUGGAUCAAUAGAUAAUAUUAAUUGUGCUCUUUGA